AUGGAAGCGCAGGAGAAGGGCAAGGAGGGCGGUGGUGGUGAGAUGCUGCGGAGUACGGAGAAGGACCCGCACGGCGACACGAGCAUGCUGCAGUCCUUCGGGUACGAUCAGGAGCUGUCGCGCUCGCUUGGGCCGCUCACCUCGUUCGGCCUGGCCUUCUCCUACACGUCGCCCACCGUGGGCGCCUACACCCUCUUCGCCUUUGGCCUUGCCACCGGCGGAGGGCUCUUCAUCUGGGGUCUGCCGAUCGUGGUGGCAGGCCAGGUCCUUGUGGCGCUCAUUUUUGCAGAGUUGGCGGUGAUCUACCCGAUGGCCGGUGCGCUCUACCAGUGGGCACGGCGGCUCAUCGGACCACGAUACGGUUGGCUCGUGGGAUGGGCUUACUGCUGGGCGUUGCUGAUCACCAUCGCUGCGGUGGACCUGGGCGCUGCGCCGUUCGUGUUGGAGACGCUCGGCCUUCGCCCGUUUGGCUCGGCAGGAGGAGAGGGUGUAGAGGAGUCGUCGGUUGGUGAGGUGGGUAUCGCUCUGCUCGUGUGCGCGCUACAGACGACCAUCAACAUCGGCGGUGUGCGAAUCACCACCCUGCUCACCAACGUUGGCAUGAUCCUCGAGUUCAUCAUGACGCUUGGGAUAGCCCUCUUUCUGUUGGUGAGUUCUGGGCCUCACCAACCCUACUCCUCGGUGUUCGAACCAUCGCCGUCAUACACCGGCAACUUGCCCUUCCUGUCGGCCAUUCUGUCUCAAGCCUUCAUCUUCUACGGGUUCGAGAGUGCGGCGGCGGUGAGUGAGGAGGUGCGGGACAGCCGCAAGUCCGUUCCACGUACCAUGGUCCUCAGCUUGAUCAGCGCUGCCUUCGCCGUUCUGCUCCUCCAAUCCCGACCUGACCUCAGCACCACCUCGAUCUCGGCGAUCUUUCAGAUCUGCUAUGUUUCGUGCGCCGGCGCGGAGCAAGCCGCCAUCGCCCGCAUGAUCUGGGCGUAUGCUCGUGAUGACGUGCUUCCCUUCUCAUCGUGGCUGAAGAAGGUUUCGCCCAGGACUCAGGUUCCUGUCAACGCCACACUGGUGGCUGCCGCAAUCCCGAUGUGCGUGAUGCUCACUACCCUCAUCCGCGUGGGCAAGCUCAAUGUGCACGAAAUCGUUGUGGAUUACUGUAUCGCCGGAGGCCGUCUCGACAAGCACACCCUCCUCACCGAACAAACUACCCACCACAGCGACUACUUUGGGUUGGGCAAGUUGCGAUUGCCUGUGGGCAUUGGAGCGUUGGUGUACGGCGUGGCGAUGAUCGUAAACCUCCUGUGGCCUCGCCCCGUCGACGAGCUCCGAGGGUGGGUGACGCUGCUGGUCACGGUCGCGGUGUUGGCGGUGGGCGUUGUCGUCGUGCGCGGACGCAACAAGCAGGUGACGUCCCUGUCGGCCUCCUUUCACUUCGAUGAACGAACCUAUCUGCUGGAGGAGGCGAAGCGCUCGCCGGAGGCCCUCAACAUGCGCGCCACGCUGCAUCGACCCCUGUCAUUCUCCAGCGGAGCGCCCAGGCAAGAAAAAGUCUCUUGA